CUUAUCCGGGGGUCCGAGUGACGCCUUCGAAACCCCCCUGCAUGAAUGAGCGUAGAAUGUUUGGGAAUUAGAAAAACAAGAAACAAAACAACAGGCAGAAAACAAUCUUUAAAAACGUUACAUUGCUCAUUACACGCAUAGCUAAAAAAGAUAACCAGGAAACGAAUUAUGGUAAGAAUGAAGCGAAAUCCGGAAUUUCAGUAGACCAAAAGUCCUGACACGAGAACAGGCUACGAGAAAGCUCUUUAAAAUAGAAUGUAACAUUAACGAUGCACUGGAUGCAGAUUUUCGGUUGAGAGUGCCUUCAGUCUACAACCUAGCAAGCAAAUCGUGAAGCUUCUGAAAGGGGCUGGCGUCUGCGGCUUCUGCUUGCAAAAUAAACUGGCUGGACGCGCAUUUCCCUCCCAUAGCCAAGUGCACAAGGCUAAGCAAUGGCGGGUCCCGAACAGACACAACAGGAGGUUGAGGCAAGAGCAGAGCGGAUAGACGAUGCGGAGCUGGCUCUCCAAGGCAUAAACAUGCUACUCAACAACGGGUUCAAGGAGAGUGACGAGUUGUUUAGGAAAUACAGGAACUACAGCCCACUGAUGAGCUUUGGAGCCAGCUUCGUCAGCUUCCUAAAUGCCAUGAUGACCUUUGAGGAGGAGAAGAUGCAGACAGCCUGCGAGGACCUGCGGGCCACGGAGAAGCUUUGUGAGAGCGACAACGCCGGAGUCAUUGAGACCAUCAAGAACAAAAUUAAAAAGAAUGUGGACUCCUCGAGGUCGGGCGUGACGGUUGUGGAUCGGCUGCAGAGGCAGAUCAUAGUAGCAGACUGUCAGGUGUACCUGGCCGUGCUCUCCUUCAUCAAGCAGGAGCUCUCAGCAUACAUCAAGGGUGGCUGGAUCCUGCGCAAGGCGUGGAAGAUGUACAACAAGUGCCACAGCGACAUCGUCGUGCUCCAGGAGGCGCGCCAGAGACGGGCUUCCCAGGACGCCUCGCUCCCCCCCAGCCACGCCAACGCGCCCCCCCAGGGGGAGGUGACGGCCGACGCUCUGGGGCGGCUCAAGGGCUCGGUCAGCUUUGGCUACGGCCUCUUCCACCUGUGCAUCUCCAUGGUGCCACCGCACCUGCUGAAGAUCAUCAACCUGCUGGGUUUCCCCGGCGACCGGCAUGAGGGCCUGUCCUCCCUCACGUACGCCAGCGAAAGCAAGGACAUGAAGGCGCCCCUUGCUACGCUGGCCCUGCUGUGGUACCACACGGUGGUUCUCCCCUUCUUUGCGCUGGACGGCUCUGACAUGCAGGGAGGCCUGCUGGAGGCCAAGUCCAUCCUGCGGAGGAAGGAAGCAGAGUACCCACACUCAUCCCUCUUCAUGUUCUUCAAAGGCAGGAUCCAGAGGUUAGAGUGUCAGAUCAAUAGUGCCUUGACGUCCUUCCAUGAUGCGUUGGAACUUGCUACUGAUCAAAGAGAAAUCCAGCAUGUGUGCCUGUAUGAAAUCGGGUGGUGCAGCAUGAUCGAAAUGAAUUUCAAAGAUGCGUACAAGUCCUUUGAGAGACUGAAGAAUGAGUCAAGGUGGUCCCAGUGUUACUACGCCUACCUGACAGGAGUGUGCCAGGGAGCCACGGGAGACCUGGAUGGGGCGACGGCUGUCUUCAAGGACGUUCAGAAACUCUUCAAGAGGAAGAACAACCAGAUUGAACAGUUCUCUCUGAAGAAGGCAGAAAGGUUAAGGAAGGCUCCUCCUUCAGUGGAGUUGUGCACCCUGGCCUCCAUUGAGGUUCUGUACCUGUGGAAGGCCUUGCCCAACUGCUCCACCUCCAAACUGCAACUCAUGAGCCAAGUUUUACUGGACGUGGAGGACCCCUCACACACAGGCCUCAGAAACCUGCUUCUUGGUGCCAUUCACAAAUGUCUGGGAAAUACGAAGGAUUCCAUACAGUCAUUUCAGCUGGCGGCCAGAGACGAGGCCGGGAGACAGAGCAACUCCUACAUCCAGCCGUACUCCUGCUACGAGCUGGGCUGCAUCCUAUUGGACAACCCUGAGACAGUGGGAAAGGGAAGAGCAGUGUUACUUCAGGCUAAGGAGGAUUACGCAGGCUACGAUUUUGAGAACAGACUCCAUGUACGCAUCCAUUCGGCCCUGGCCUCUCUGAAGGAAGUGGUCCCACAGUGACUUUGCCGAAUAUCCCAGAAUAUCCAUGAAUAUACAUGUCCUCCCCCCUACCCAAACCCUAACCCAAAAUGUGCACCGCCAAACCCACCACAAAUUACAGGGAGCUUGGCUUUAUCCACCAAAACCAUCCAAACAGCAGUAUGAAUGUAUGCGCAAUUUCUGUGCUAUUGUUUACCAUAUAGUGACUACUUUAUUAGGUACACCUUUCUAGUACUGGGUAGGACCUCCCUUUGCCCCCAGAACAGUCCAAAUUCUUUGUGCCAUGGAUUCCACAAAGUGCUGGAAACAUUAUUUAGAGAUUCUUGUCCAUGUUGAUAUAACAUUACAUAAUUGCUGCAGAUUUCCGCUGCACAAACAUGCCAAAGGUGCUCUAUUGGAUUAAGAUCUGGUGACUGUGGGAGGCCAUUGAUGUACUGGGUACAUAUGCAGUACUGUCGGUGUCUUACUUGUACCAUUGUGGCAUAAUAUAUUGUUUACCAUAAAGAUGUUUUACAAUUUUCCCGAUUUAUGCAUUUACAGCUUAAUCCUCUUUAUGAUUUAUUUUAUAUUUGGAUAAUUACUGAAAGCAAUGAGUUGUUUGUUUUCAGUUUGUAAACCAGUGGCAUGUGCAGCUAUAGAGACCUAGACACCUUACUUUAUUUUCUCUUGUCGUCCUCCAGGUUGUUUAGCACGUCUGUAAAUGUAAUGCAUUCCCAUGGCUGAAAAGGGCAGUGGCAAUGUGAUCAUGCUCCCCCCAAGCUAAAAAUAAGAUAGGCAAUCAUGAACAAGGUCUUUGUGUCCUCGACAUGGUUAUACAUCACCGGAAGUAUAGAAAAUGGUAAUAUAUGUGGCCCAUGCCUCUUUUGGCCGUAUUUUUCUUGCCAUAGUUAUGUUUGGAAUGGGAGGACUUGACGGAAAGUGACCGAGGAAGAGUCUAUUCUCUAAUUCAUUUUCUGAUACUAGCGUUUGUUGUGCUGUGGUAAAUAUGCCCUUAAGUAAGCAAGUGCCAAAUGCAAAUCAUGAGUGAGCCAUCACAUUUGGCUACCAAAUUAUCUUCUUCCCCGUGUUUUACUGUAAAAACCGAAUUGUUCCUAAUUGCAGUUUGAAAAACCCACUAUGUGACAAUGAGUGAGUAAAUAGACCAUUUAGCAGUCAGUAUCACUAACAAGAAGUUUGGAAAGCUUCAGUUUCUCAACACAUUUUUGAGGUUUAGAUGCCCAACUGCCAUGUGUCUCUUUUCUCUGACAGAACUUCAAAGCUUUUUUGGUUAUGUUUUGCUGCACUUACAAGAUAGUCUUCCCCCUACGUUUGUUCAUAGUCAUGGUCUUUUUAUGAUCUGUCAGUUAACUGUCAUGUCGUUGAUUUAGUAAGAAAAGCUGUGAUAAUCUUCUCAAUGUUGUUUCAGUUCUCUGGAACAGUGUUGGAUUCAUAAUGGAGUUCUGACCUGUUUAUUUGGUAAAGCUGGGAAAUCAGCAGGUCAUAUUUUACUGUUUUAUAACCAUAUAAGACAGUCAGAAACCCAUCAGAUUAUAACAUAUUUGUGUCACUGCAGGCUAAUUAAUUUUCAUUGUCAGUGCCACUGUAUUACAUUGAAUUACUUUUACUAAGAAACUACCUUUUUUUUUUUUUUUUGGACCUCAGUUUACGGAAUCCAGUUCAGAUAUGCACACACAAAGUAAAGGCCAGAGAUCCUUUGUGUCACUCAUGGAAUCCACCACAGAAAAUAGAUCUCUGUAACUUUAAUCUCUCUGCGUCUCCAAAAAGAUAAAGAUCUUUUGGGGAAUGUUGUCCAUAGGUCAUCUGUUGAUGAUAUGAUCCAAAACUUUGACUUUAAACUUUUAAACUAUUACUUUAUCUUACUCUGUAACAUGUCACAAUAGUAUAUGUACAUACAUACAUCAUGCAGCAUGAUGAACAAUAAGAAGAUUUCAUAGUUUUAUGAAAUGUGUGCUCAUCUUAAAAAAUUUUUUUUAAAAAUUAAUGAAAAAUACACUGCUGUUUGGUCAGUAGAAAUUAUAAGGACUUCUCAACAUGCUCCUAUUUAUUAGUUGAAUUUCUAAUACUUACCAGUUGUGCAAGGAUCCUUACACACUGCAACAGGUUGUUGAAAUGUAAAACAAAAUCUUCAUCACCAAUGGUUAAUAUAAAACUGGGCAUUGAUAACUGAACUAUGCAUGUUCUCCAGUCUCUAGUUAUUCCUCAGAGCAUUUGUUUCUGCAGCACUUUAUUGAACAGUACAGUAUAAUAAUGUGAUUUAUUGUGAUUGGUUUAAACAGAUUAGCAAACGUCUCUGGUAAUUUAUAUGAAACUUCCAUUUUACUCACCAUAGUGUGGGGUUGUGGUCAAUGUUGUCUGUCACCAGAAAGAUGCAUGUCCAGUUCCCCAGCUUUACUAUGCCAUUGUAUCUUUGUAAGCAAUUUGGAUUAUCCUCACUCAUUGUCCAGCUGUAUAAAUGGAAAACAUGAAAGCAUAAGUUUCGCAUUUCCCCUAUGAAAUGGUGUCUCAAGUAAAAAUAGCCUGUAAAAACUGGUAUGCAUCUUGCUUAACUGCAUUGACAGUGAAGCAGAUCAUGGAUUAUGUGACCGUUCCUUGAAGCAGCCAUAGCAUUUUUCACGGCAAUGUCAAAAUUAGCAGUCUGUACUGUAAAAUAAAGUGUACUGAUAUUUCUCUAUUGAUGCUGGUUGACAUGAAUAUGUACCAAUAUGGUUCACACUUUCAACUACUGUAUAUGAAAAAGAAUGUUUACUGUAUUAUGGGGUGGGUUUGUAUGAUUUGUAUUGUACACCUGUAUGGCUCAAUAUUUAUGGGGAUCUUUUCUGUGUUAAGUAACUGUGAUCCCUUCAAUCAGGUGUGGCCACAGCUUCCUCUUUUUGGGGAGCGUAAUUAAGAUGCUUUUACUUUUCAUGGAUGAAUUAAGAUUAUUUCAGAAUUUUUAUCCCCUUUAUUUUCCUGAAGACAUUGUUAUAUUUUUGGUAAAAUGUGUUUUUUUUUUCUUAUCAGACCACACUGGUGAAGAGUGCUGUGUUACCACAAAAAAGGAAGAGACAAAUCAACAGGGUAUACUUCUGCAGUUUUAAAGGCACUCUGAGGUGUGGCUACUGCGCAAUAAAUUCAGGAUAUAAAGAAGACUUCUGUCUUUCUGAGAAACACUUGUUAGGUUAUGUCAUUGAGAACUUGUUUAAGUGCGCAGUUUCAUUUGUUAACAAAUGUAUUGGGUGAAUGUAAUGAUUCAACCACCCUUUUUCAGUCUGACUUAAGGCAGGUAAAUUGGAACCUGUGCUGCAGUAUAACAAUCUCCACCAUAUUUCACAUAACGGUAUGGUCCUUAUGCAGCUCUACAAUCUGUUUGGCAAUGAACUGUAUAUACUGUAAUGUAUGAACAAACGUACCAGUAAUACAUUAAAUUAUCUUGCUUUUGGUCCACUGACAAAGUGGUGGAAUAGAAAAUGGUGAGGACAACAUUUUGACUGGCAAAUUUUACAUUUUUACAAGAACUGGAUUUCCAGGGAUAAGCAGCAGUUUCCUAUAGGAGCUGAUAAGUUGUUUAGAAAGAAUAAAGGAUCAAUGUUGUAAAUCCA